GAGCACAUUCGUUAAUAUAUACAUGCACACUCAUUUGAAGACUUGCUGUUGCACAUCACUUCUCUGAUUUCUUCACGGCGAGCGGACUUUUCCGCCCCUUUCUUCCUUUCUUCCUUCUGACCGUGUCACAUCGUCUCCGCAAGUUCUCGGACUGCGUAGCACGACUGCUUUACUUGUCUUUACUAGCUAUUCCUAUAUAUAUCUGUGGAAGAGACCCAGCAUCACUGCCAAAGGCUAUUAACACCUCCUCCUCCCCCGCCCCUCUUCCUCUCUCGUUCUCUCUUCUGUGGAAAAAGAAAUCAACAACAGGCAACCAACAAACAAUCCAGCACCAGUCAAUUCGAUUUGUCGGUGGUGAUUUCAGGUCGUACGGAGAAUAGUCUCGCCUCCUAUCGCAUUCUCUUAUCGCCUACGUGCGAUCGUGCAACGCCGCAUUCGUUUGCGGGACAUGAAAGAAGCAAAGAAAAUAAUACCUUUUCGUGGGUAACCCGCUUUUGUUUUUGUUGUCUCCUUACCUUUUUUUUCUUUGUUUUUUUUUCUUUGUUUUUUUUUCUUUGUUUAUUGUCUCACGUGACAAGCAAGCGUCUCCGUAACCCCUGCCAGCGCAUUUCUCUUCUUCCUUUUCUUUUCCUUGUCAACAAAACUUGAAGAAAAAACCCCUUCUGCAUCUCUCAUUUACUGCGUCUCCCACGCUUAUUACCCGCCUUCGGCAACAAUACGUAAACGACCUUUCUCAGUCGAGGUCAUUCUAUUUUAUAUUAUCUUUUUGCGUGUUGAAGUUCUCGUACGUUGUGUCGGUGGCUGCUGAGUUUUUUUUUCCCCCCUUUUUUGUUUUCGAGUUUCACGGGACGCAGGAGGUGAACAGCGCGCAAGGCAACCAUCUGGACCCGAAAACAUCUUCUCAAGUGGCGCUUAUUUACUGUUUUUACAUUUCAGUGUUUUGCUCUUCACAUCAAAAUAAAACCCACAGCAAAGCGCCUAUUCUUUUUUUUUUCUCUAGUACGGCACAAGCAAAAAACCACCACAGCGGAAAACACUCGGAGCCUAUCGCUACCCGCACGCACUCAACUCAGGCCGGCGAGCUACAGCAAGUGGCAACAACUCACAGCGGCAACAACAGCUCACCUUCAUGCCGACGUCUCUCUCUUCGGCCGGUGCGGUGCUGCCGAGCAGCACGCCGCAUCUGUACGACCUCGCCGCCCCUCCGAAGGCGGAAGAAACAAUCGCAAGCGAACCGGCAGGCAGCACGCGCGAAGCGGAAGAAGUCAAGCCGAACAUGCACGCGGUCGAUGCGUCGCCGCUGCCGCAGUGGACACACGCCGUCUCGCCCCCGUCGCCGCUGCUGGACAGGAGUCGGGAAUGCAGCAUGUUGCACGGGAGCUCCCUUCUGCGGACGCUGCCGACCACCCCAGCGGAGACGCCCACCUCGGGGGAGGAGCCUGUCCGGCCCUCGCCGAGCGACUCACGCCAUCGCAGCCGGGAGGGCGGUGCGCACACCUUCGCGAAGGCGGCAUCGAAGAAGGCAGAGCUGCGCGAUCCAUGGGUGGAUGACGUGGACAACCUCGAUGACCUGGAAAACCUGAAUCGACGGGACAACUUUGAUAACGUUGCGGACUCGCAGGAAAACGUUGACGAGUAUCCUGAAGACGGCGCUGCACCCCUUGCCCGUGUCACGCUGCGCGGCUUCUUCAGUAAACACAACCUACAGGUCGCCGCCGUUCCUUUCGUCUGCGGGAUUAUUAACGGCUACACCAUCGGCUACGUCGCUCCUUACACGCAGCUUUAUAAGAUGAGCACGAACUGCGCCCUCUACACGGCCCAGAAGGGGUGCGAGUCGGUGCCGUUCGCGGACUGCAUGUGGCGCACCGCAACGGUGACGCGGGACGACGGCACGACGCAGUCGCUGAACUACUGCGGAUGGCCGGCGAUCACGUGCCGCGCGACGUACCCGAACGAUGGGUGGAUGGGCGGUGGUGGCAACACGACGCUGGCGGAGAUGCGGUGCCUGCAGGACAGCCGGUGCACGUGGUCGUACAGCGCGAAGGAGUGCCAGAACCUGUCGGGGUACUCGGCGUCCGACACGGGUGUCUUCGCCGGCAGCAUCAUUGCGGGCAGCAUGUUCGGCGCGAUCCUGGGCGGUCCGCUGGUGACGAGCAUGGGCACUCGGCUGACGUUCAUCAUCAGCGGCCUUUUGUCGGUGGCGUGCUCCGUGAUGGGCCACGUCGAUGCCGCGACGGACGAGUUCUGGGUGCUCGUGGUGGAGCGCUUCGUGAUUGGCAUCUUCAUGGGCCUCAUCACGGUGGCCUGCCCCCUCUACGUGAACACGAACGCGGCACCGCUCUACCGCCGAAAGCUGGGCACGCUCUUUCAGGUCUUUACCACGUUAGGCGUCUUUCUUGCCGGGACGAUCGGGCUGGGCGUGGGGCAGACGGUGGACUACGACGCCGACCGCAGCGCGGACAUCGCAGGGCGGAUGCAGGGCCUGGCGAGUGGUCAGACGGCCGUGUCGCUCGCGAUGGUCUGCCUCGGCUUCUUCAGCGCAGAGAGUAAGGUGAAGUACGGCAAGAAAGCCGGAGGGAUGAAUCAGAACGAGUACAGCUAUCGGGAAAUGAUGGGGCCGCUCAUCAUGUCCGUUGUGCUGAACUGCACGAUGCGGCUGACCGGCUUCAACGCGAUUCUCAACUUUGCACCGAGUAUCAUGGGCGGCCUCGGCCUGGCGCCGCUGGUGGGCAACACGAUCAUGACCGUCUUCAACUUCACCGGCACCCUCGUCGCGAUCCCGCUCGACUCCUUCUUCUCCAUUCGAUCUAUUUUCCUGUUCGGCUCGUGCUUUAUUUCGUGUAUGUGCCUCUUCCUGUGUGGCCUUCCCGUGUACCCCGGCGUGGCCUCCGCCUCCGUGACGAACGGGUGUGCCAUCACGGGAAUUAGCGUGUUUAUCUUCGGGUUUGAGGUCUUUGUGGGCCCCAGCUUCUACGUGCUGUGCCAGGAGAUCUUUCCGCCGUCGUUCCGUCCCCGCGGCAACUCCUUCGCGCAGCUGUGGCAGUUCAUUAUCAACCUCGUUAUCAACGUGUGCUACCCGAUUGCAGCGGAGCGCUUCUCUGGUGGCCCGGAGGGCGAUCAGCACAAGGGGCAGGCGAUCCUCUUUAUCUUCUUCGGUGCGGUCGGGCUUAUUUGCUUCGUCAUCGAGCUCUUGUUUUUAAGGCUCUGGGAGGAGGAGACAAGGGAGAGGGAGUACCCUGCGGAGGCAGCUACUUUUGAGAAGGAAAUGUACGACCUCCAGGGCACCGCCUUCGGCAGCACCGCGGCGGCUUCAGCGCCAUUGCGAGGCGCGCGGGAAGGCGGCAACAUCGUUUCACCGGUGGAGGGUGAGGCGGAGGAGGAGGUACGAGAGAGGUAG